CCGGGAUCACGUCCUGAGCCGAAGGCAGACGCCCAACGACUGAGCCACCCAGGUGCCCCAAAAGUAAAAUCUUUAAAAAAACAAGAGCAAACACAAAGUGAGGUGAUCAACAAAUGCCCAAGGUAUCUGAGACUGAGUCUGCCUCGAGACACAUGUAGGGGAAGAAUUUGGGGCCACCUCUCUGCCCAGAGCCUUAAUUUUCUGUUCAGGACAGGCAGGUAACAGGUACCAAUCAUCAUGACCCUCAGCCCUGAUCUAGGUCCUGCCUGCCACACUGGGUCGGCCUUCUAGAACCUCCUUCCCCCAGGAGCUGAUGGGGAUUGGCUGGAACUUGGCUGUGAGUCACAAAGCUAUUGUGGCACCAGGGUCCCAAGGCUGGCCAUUCGGGCUGGUGGGUUCAGCUUCAGGGGCAGGACAGAGGCAGCCCAGGGCAGUGUUGCUGCACGUUGCAUGGGAUGAAGGACUGAAUGAAGGCUGCUUCCUCUUGCAAGCUGGCCUCUGAGACUCCACCUUCUCCUCCUGUCCCUCCUCCACCUCUAUGGCCCUCCAAGGCAGAGCUGACCCGCCCGGGAACCAAGACAAUGCAGGAAGCAGCACAGCUACAGUUGUCACCUGAUGGGCAGAGCCACUACCAGCCCCAGUCCGUCUCCAGUCUUCCAGACAAAGCAGGGACACUUUGUCCACAGCCUCAGUACAAGCCACCUGCAUCCAGGGAGACCCUUCUGCAACAGCAUGGCAAGGACAAGAUGGUGCCUCGUCAUAUCCCACGCCUGCGGGCUGUGGUCGAGAGCCAGGCCUUCAAGAACGUCCUGGUGGAUGAGAUGGACAUGAUGCUCUCCCGCGCAGCCACCCUCAUUCAGGCCAACUGGAGGGGCUACCGGCUGCGGCAAAAGCUGAUCUCCCAGAUGAUGGCAGCCAAGGCCAUCCAGGAGGCCUGGCGACGCUUCAACACCCGGCGUCUCCUCCGGUCUGGCAAGUCGGUGGAAAAAAAAGUGAGCGUGGAGGAGGGCGACAUCCCUUACCACGCCCCCCAGCAGGUGCGGUUCCAGCAUCCAGGAGAGGGCAAGCCCCCUCUGGCCCAGCCUGUCAUGGUGAGCAAGGAGACCCAGUUCCCUUCCUCUGACAGCCUGGCCGCCUGCACCCACCAGCUGGCCCUGCUACAGACCCAGAGUGCCCCAUACCCUGGCACGCAGGCUCCUUGCGCCCCUGGGGGCCCCAGCGUCACCUUCCUGCCACACCAGACCGUUGCCAUCAGACAUCCAUGUCCGGCGAGUCUAGAUGCAAAGUGCCACCCGUGCCCACUGAUGGGAACCAUCCGCAAUGCCUGCCUUGUCCACGUAGAAGGGGACACGGUGAAGACCAAGCAAGUAACUGCCAGAGCCAGCAAGGCAGGAGCCCCAGGGCCGCCGCCAUGUGGGAGAUAUGCCCAGGCGGUUCACGGAUUGCUCAAGACCCAGACCCAGGCCCACGUGGAAACGGAGGUCCUCAAAGCCCCACCCCAGACAGGCCCAGUGCUUGUGUUAAACAAGCCCCCACCCCAGAUGUAUCCGGUGGCCGCGAUGUCCAAGACCCCACCCCAGCCAUGCCUCGUGCCCACGGUAACAAUAGCCAAGACCCCACCCCAGGUAUGCCCAGCGGCCCGGAUGACCAAGACCCCACCCCAGACGUACCCCGCAGUCGCGAUGACCAAGACCCCAUUCCAGUCAUGCCUGGCGGCCAUGAUGAACAAGACCCCACCCCAGCCGUGCUCGGUGCCCACAGUAACAAUAACCAAGGCCCCACCCCAGACAUACCAGGUAGCCCCGAUGGCCAAGAGCCUACCACCGACGUGCCCGGUGGCUGCGAUGGCCAGGACGUCACCCCAGACACCCCAGCCAGCCACCAUGACCAAGACCCCACUUCAGUCAUGCCUGGCGGCCAUGGUGAACAAGACCCCGCCCCAGCCGUGCCCAGCAGCCCCGAUGUCCAAGACCCCAAGCCAGAUGCGACCAACAGCCUCAAUGACCAUCAUGUCACCCCAGACACGGCCGGCAGCCAUGAUGGCCAAGAUCUCACCGCAGAUAUGCCUUUUGGCCUCGAUGAUCAAGCCCUCAGCCCAGACACGGCCUGUGGCCCCGAUGACCAAGGCUCCACCCCAGAAAUGCCCAGUGCCCGCCAUGGCCAAGCCUCCAACCCAGAUGCGCCCGGCAGCCCCGAUGACCAAGACCCCGCUGCAGACGUGUCCGGCCGCGGCCAUGGCCAAGACUCCAUCUCAGACACUCCCGGGGGCCUCAGUGACCAAGACCCCUCCCCAGACGCGUCUGGCAGCCAUGGUCACCAAAACCCCAGCCCAAUUUCGCUCAAUGGCCGCCAUCCUCAGGACCCUAUGCCUGCCACCUUCAGCAGCUGGAAAUCUGAAGUCUUCACCUGCAGCAGCCGCGGCAGCCGGCAUUCCCAACGCCUCAUCCCACACGUGUCUGAACGGACCGAAGGCCAAGGCUGUGGUGAACGCAAAGCAGACAGCAGGGACGGUCAGGAUCUCCUCUCAGUCGUACCUGGCUGAUGGAAAGGUCAAAUACUUUCCCCCACCACAUCUGGGAGCUGGGGCCCCCAAGGCUCCAGCCAGGCCUCCUUUGGAAGCCGAAAAAAUGAAGGCCUUCUCCCAGAAGCAGGUAAAGAUGGAAACAGUGUCCAGUACCAGCGUGGCCAUUGAAAUGCCUCGGGCUUCACCCUGGGUGAAAGUAGCCGAGGACAGGAACAAGUCCUCAUUACAGACAGAACUGAGGGCAGAUGUCAAGGUUCAGUCCCAGGCGUAUGAGCCUGUAGAAACAGCCGUGGUCCUGCCCCGGGCACAGCUGGCCACAUGUCCGGCCAAGGCCUUGCCCCAGGAACAGCUGGCCACCUAUUCGACCACAGCCUCAUCCCAGGGACAGCUGCUUGCCGAGCUGACUGCGGCUCUGCCCCGGGCACAUCUGGGCACCUGUCUGUCCAAGACCCUGCCCCAGGCACAUUCACCCGCCAAGCUGACCACAACUCAGGCUCCAGCCCAUCUGGGCCCAUGUCUGUCCAAGGCCCUGUCUCAGGGGCAUCCACCUGCCAAGCCAGCCAAGGCUCCGUCCUUUGCACAUCUGGGCACAUGUCUGACCAAGGUACAGUCCCAGGCCCAGCUGGUCACAGAAACAGCCAAGUGCCUCUACACAGCCCACCAAGCUACGGAGCUCAGCAACAAGACCCAGUCGCAGCCACUCCUGGCCGGGUUCAAGGCCUCCACCCAGUCCUGCCAGCACACUGGUGCCCUUGGCACUCUGCCCCGAACCAAGCCAGAGGACAGACUGACCCAGAUCCAGCCCCACAGGUAUGCACAGGGCAAAGCCACCCAGGGCCCACGCCAGGGGGCCUCCGAGACCCAGAGCAUGCUGAUGCCUCUGCUGGCAUCUGCCGGACACCCCGCAUGUAACAUUGAGUCCUGGGGUGAUAGUGGGGCUACCCGGGCCCAGUCACCAAUGACCAGCCCUGCCACACCCUGCCCGGAAGAGCUGGCCGCCUCCCAGCUCGCCUCCCUGUGUGCUGAGCUGGCUGCCGAACUGGGCUCCCAGGAGGACCUCCGUGCCCUAUUGGCGAAAGCCCUCUCCCAGGGGCAAGUGAGGGCAGCCCUGAACCAGGCCCUGUCCAAGAAAGUGCUGGGCUCCACGAUGGCCAAGGCCCUGCCCCAGGGCAUGCUGGGCACGGCGCUGAUGAAAGUGCUAUCCUGGGGUGAGCUGGGCCUUGCGCUGUCCCACACCCUGUCCCCCGGUGAGCUGCGGGCGGAACUCACCAAGGCCAAGCAGGGUAAACUGGCGGACGUGCUCAGCAAGGCCCUGACGGAGGAGGAGUGGGCCGCUCUGAGCCAGGCCCUGUGUCAGGGGGAGCUGGGCGCUGUCCUGAGCCAGUCUUUGUCUCAGGCGGCCCUGAGGACUGGCGUUGUCCUCCCCAAGGCUGCCUCGAAAACAGCAGGAAGCAAGAUGACUGUGAUUCCGGCCCCGGUGGAGGUGGACUACAGGGGGAGCCCAUCAGUCGUGUGGGGGCCCACCCUAGGCCCCGUGAGACCACAGUCUAGCAAGGUCAGGGUUCCCCAGGACGGGGCCUGGGAGGGCUUCUUCACAGGCUGGCCUGCCGGGUUCUUGGAAGAGAUGGGGGAUGGGGCCAUGCUCAGGGGGUCACCCUGCUCACCGGUGGUCUCUGUGGGUGCUUCCCUAGCUCGUAGAGUGAUCACCGCCAUUCAUCAGUAUCCCCUGAUCGCUGCCCUGGACCCCACUCUAUCGUGGGAGACGGAGUCCAGCAGGGCCUCGUCCUCAGACCUGUUUCUGAGCCCUGAGGUCAGUGAGGAAAAUGUAUGCCUUCCCCCAGGGGCCAGUGAACUGGCACUGGAUCUCAGCCCCAUGGAGAGUGACACAGGCCCCAGUUUGCCCAAGCCGCCCCACCAGCAGCUGCCCCCCAGUCUGUGGCAGCCGCUCAUUGCCAAUGGUGUGGGCCCGAGCACCAGCCAGCAAUCGGUGGUGGCUGGUGGCACAGCCCCGAACUCCCAUAAGCCGCAUGCGGUCAGCAGGGUGGCCCCACGGCCGUGGGCAUUGUCAGGGGAGGGCCAGGUGGCCUCAGGGACGCGUCCCCGCACCACAGGUGGUGGGAGAGCUUCGCACCCCCACCAGUGUGCCGCUGCCUAUGGGGGACCUGCUUGUUGGUGUCAGUCCUCCGGGGUCAACAAGGUGCCCUCCAGCAUGCACCGACCCUCAGCUACCAAAGCCCCGCGACAGCCAUCCGUGGUCUGUCAGGAGACCGUGCAGAAAACUCAGUCCCCAAAUCACAAACGGGCCUCCAUGGGCACUAGGGAGAGGAUCAGUAAGACGACCCCAGGUCUGCUGAGGGCUGCCAAUGUGAGCAGAGUGUCCCUAACCCAACCCCAGACCCCCAAGGCCAGUGACAUAACCCUAGGUCUCCUGCCCGGCUCCACGGCUACUGGUCACCGCUGGGCACUCAAGACUCAGGUGGAUCCCAGCGUGUUCCCAGCCCCCCCAGGCAGCAGGUUCGCGCGCACCCUUUCCCGUGCAGCCGUCCCCAGGCAGGAGAGGAACCGAACCCAGGGCACCCUUUCCAGUGCACGCUGCCCACCGGAGCAAGUGACGGGCCAUAUCCUCCAUGAACUGGCGGCCAGUUUGCCGCAGGGUUCGGACAAUGACAUGGCUGGAAGCCUCUCCCAAGGCUCCACAGACUAUGGCCCGAAUGUGAGUAACUCCCAGAGCUCACUGCCUAUCUGCAGCUCGCUCAGCCUCUCCACCAUGUCUGUGGCCAGUCUGACUGCUGUCGACCUGGUGGAGGAGGAGUCCUGGGAGGCCAGUGUGGAUGGGGACAUCCAUCUAGAUACCCUCCUCUCCGGAGAGGCUGCAGGGAGGCCCCGGAGGCCUAGAGACAGGGAAGAAACCAGGAGAGUAGGCUGGGGACAUACGACUCCAAACCUGUACCACCAGCCGUCCGCAGGCUCAGAGCUGGUCCCCAUUCUGCACCACAGCUCAGUGUCCGGCCGUGUGACCUUGAGUGUCCGCUGGGGCUCAGAUGACCAGGAUGAGAGGGAUAUGUCCUCAGGCCAGAGGUCCAUGGGUCCGAAGGAAAAGUUAUCCCAGAUAUCCUACAGGACGGGACUGACCAGAAGUCUGUCUUUGGAUAAUGUGGUCCCUACCAACUAUCGACAGCCAUCCCCGGCCACUAGGGUGACCUCAAGCCUAUCCCAGCCAUUGGUAGUCGGUAAGGUGGCCCUAAACCCAGGCCAGCCAUUUAUGGUCAAUAAGGUCACCCCCAGCCCAUCUGAAUUAUCGAUGGCUAGUAAGGUCAUCCCCAGCCUAACUGAGCCAUCUAUGCCUUGUAGGGUGAACCUCAGCCUAGGCCAGAAAUCUCAGACUAGUGGGGUGACCUCCAGUCUAGCCUGGCCAUCUGUGACCCGUGUGUUGGCCCCCAGCCUAGCCCAGGCACCUAUGACUGGUGGGGUGGCCCCUAGCCUAACCCAGCCAUCUGUGACCAGUGGGGUGGCCCCCAACCUAGCCCAGGCAUCUGUGACCGGUGGGGUGGCCCCCAACCUAGCCCGGCCAUCUGUGACCGGUGGGGUGGCCCCCAGCCUAGCCCAGGCAUCUGUGACCGGUGAGGUGGCCCCCAGCCUAGCCCAGGCUUCUGUGACCAGUGGGGUGGCCCCCAACCCAGCCCGGCCAUCUGUGACCAGUGGGGUGGCCCCCAACCUAGCCCGGCCAUCUGUGACCGGUGGGGUGGCCCCCAACCUAGCCCGGCCAUCUGUGACCGGUGGGGUGGCCCCCAACCUAGCCCGGCCAUCUGUGACCGGUGGGGUGGCCCCCAACCUAGCCCGGCCAUCUGUGACCGGUGGGGUGGCCCCCAACCUAGCCCGGCCAUCUGUGACCGGUGGGGUGGCCCCCAACCUAGCCCGGCCAUCUGUGACCGGUGGGGUGGCCCCCAACCUAGCCCGGCCAUCUGUGACCGGUGGGGUGGCCCCCAACCUAGCCCGGCCAUCUGUGACCGGUGGGGUGGCCCCCAACCUAGCCCGGCCAUCUGUGACCGGUGGGGUGGCCCCCAACCUAGCCCGGCCAUCUGUGACCGGUGGGGUGGCCCCCAACCUAGCCCGGCCAUCUGUGACCAGUGGGGUGGCCCCAAGCCUAGCCCAGCUAUCUGUGACCAGUGGGGUGGCCCCCAACCUAACCCGGCCAUCUGUGACCGGUGGGGUGGCCCCCAGCUUAGCCUGGCCAUCCGUGACCAGUGGGGUGGCCCCCAGCCUAGCCCAGGCAUCUGUGACCAGUGGGGUGGCCCCCAACCUAGCCCGGCCAUCUGUGACCGGUGGGGUGGCCCCCAACCUAGCCCGGCCAUCUGUGACCACUGGGGUGGCCCCCAGCCUAGCCAAGGCAUCUAUGACCAGUGGGGUGGCCCCCAACCUAGCCCAGCCAUCUGUGACCACUGGGGUGGCCCCCAACCUAGCCCGGCCAUCUGUGACCGGUGGGGUGGCCCCCAGCCUAGCCCAGGCAUCUGUGACCGGUGGGGUGGCCCCCAACCUAGCCCGGCCAUCUGUGACCACUGGGGUGGCCCCCAGCCUAGCCCAGGCAUCUAUGACCAGUGGGAUAGCACCCAGCCUAGCCCAGGCAUCUAUGACCAGUGGGAUAGCGCCCAACUUAGCCCAGGCGUCUAUGACCGGUGGGGUGGCCCCCAACCUAGCCCAGGCAUCUAUGACCGGUGGGGUGGCCCCCAACCUAGCCCAGGCAUCUAUGACCGGUGGGGUGGCCCCCAACCUAGCCCAGGCAUCUGUGACCGGUGGGGUGGCUCCCAGCCUAGUCCAGCCAUCUGUGACCAGUGGAGUGGCCCCCAGCCUAGCCCAGGCAUCUAUGACUGGUGGGGUGGCCCCCAACCUAGCCCGGCCAUCUGUGACCGGUGGGGUGGCCCCCAGCCUAGCCCAGGCAUCUAUGACCGGUGGGGUGGCCCCCAACCUAGCCCAGGCAUCUGUGACCAGUGGGGUGGCCCCCAGUCUAGGCUCAGGCAUCUGUGACCAGUGGGGUGGCCCCAAACCUAAAACAGGCAUCUCUGACUGGUGGGGUGGCCCCCAGCCUAGCUAAGCCAUCUAUAACUAAGCUGUCUAUGACGAGUGGGGUAACCCCCAGCCUAGCUAAGCCAUCUGUGACCGAUGCGGUGGCCCUCACCUUAGCUAAGCCAUCUAUGACUGAUGGGAUGGCUCCCACCAGAGAGCAACCAUCAGUGACGGGUGGCGUGGCCCCCCACCUAGCCCAAGCACCUGUGGCCUGUGUGGUGGCCCCCAGCCUCCCCCAGCCAUCAGUGGCUUGUGUGAUGAUCUCCAACCUAGCCCAGGCAUCUAUGACCAGUGGGGUGGCCCCCAGCCUAGCCCAGCCAUUUGUGGCCAAUCGGGGGCCCCUCAGCCUCUUCGAGGCAUCUGUAAUUGGUGGUACCAGUUGUGCAGCCGGCCAGGCAGGUUGGGCCCCUAAGGUGGGUUCAAAUCUACCAUCAAGGGUGAAUGCAGUGGGCUCUAGUUGGCGUCAUCCAUCAUUUGUGACCGAAGUCCCCUUGAGUACCCCAUAUUCCGCUGCCAUUGGCAGCACGGGCCGAGAUCUGAGCCAGUCACCUGUAGCCACUGGGAUGGCCCCCUGCCAAGAUUCUGUAAUGGUUGGUGGGGUGGCCUCAAACCCCCAGGUCUCUGAGUUUAGCGAGGUGUCCCUGGCGUUUCAUCAGCCACUCGGUGUCAGUUGGGGGUGCCCAAACAUCCCUGAACAUUCUGCUGUCACUCUCUCAGCCCCGAAUCUCUGCCAGGCAUCUGGGGCUAGUGGAGAGGACUCUUGUCUAGACCAGGGAACCAGUAUAUAUCCCGGGGUUCUGUUCCGGGGCAUGGCUACAAGCAUCCCCCCAGGUGCUAUGGCUGCCGGCGUGUUCCCGAAUAUGUCUCAGGGGACCCUGGCUGCUGGUAUGUUCCUGAGUAUGUCUCCAGGGCUUAUAUCUCCGGGCAUGACAGGGAGCAUGUGCCAGAGAAGCAUGGCGACUGGUAUGGGCCCAAACCAGUUUCAGGUGGCCAGUGGCGUGGCUCCCAUUACAUCCCCGGCCCCUGUGGCAGGUGCCCCUUUGAUUCAUGAGCAAGCCUCAGAGGUGGGCCCUGGUUUCUCUCAGGCUUCAGGGCCCAACAGACUGGGUAUGAGUCCAUUCAAGUUUUCUCAGGCCAGUGCAGGCCCCGACAUGUCUCAGGUCGAUGUUGAUCUCCCAGUAUCUUUGAACCACCAGCAUCCUUCUGUGUCCACAAUUGUGGCACCCGGUUACAAACAAGCAAAUGCUUUCAGCCCAGAGCCCGUGAUGGACGCAGCUAGUGGCCUGGUGCCAGGUUCUGCAGCCAGUAGGAUGACCACAGCUAUGGCCCCUGGUACCGUGGCCAGUGGUGUGGCCCCCAGCCUUCCCCCAGGGUCUGUGAUCAGGGGCGUGGGCCAGAGCCUGCCUCCAGGGUCCGUGAUCAGUUGUGUGCCUCCCCACCUUCCACCCGGUUACGUGGUUGAUGGUGUGGCUCCGACCCUUCCUGCAGGGUCUAUGAUCUAUGGUAUCGGCCAUAGCCUUCCCCCGGGAUCUGUGAUCAGCGGCAUGGGCCAGGGUCUUCCUCCAGAUCCUGUGGCCAGUGCUGUGGCCCAGAACUUUCCUCCGGGUUCUGUGGCUAGUGGGGCGCCUCCCAGUCUGAUGGCAACAUCUGGGGCUGGUGGGAAGAGACAAAGUUUCCUAAGACCGUCAGUUAGUUUCACUGCUCCAAGCCUGAUCCCAGGUUUAGUAGAGAGUGAGAUGGACCAAAGGGCCUCUCCUGGGUCUGUGGUCUCUAGUGUGGUUCCAGCCAUAGAUGCUGGUGGACUGGACCAGGGCCUGAUUCUAGGGUCCACGGAUAAUGGAGCUGGCCUGCCAUCCACAGUUGGAAAUGUGGCCCAGAGCCUUCCCCAGGGGUCCCUGCUGGUCGGGAUCACUCCCCGUCCUUACCAUGGAGCCCUGGCUGGGGAAGGGUCUACAGCCCCCUUCCAGGCAUCCCACGCCACUGGCCUGGCUCCACUGCAUCCCCAGGCCUUGGAAGCUAGCGGCACAACCAGGCGGGUACACCCACAGCCCACGGUUCUGCAAAGAGCCGCCCAGUUGAGCCACGGUCUUGAGAUGAUGCCAUUUGAGACCACAGAUGACCAGGCCAUGAUGAAACCAGAGGACCUGAACAAGUCUGUGUCCCAGGUGUCUGUAUCCAGUGCGGAGUCCAUGGUCCUUGACGCAACCCCAUGGAUGUCCCAUAGUCCCCUGU